AUGACUACUCAAUUUCCAAAAGAUUCUAUAAUUGAUGAUUUAAAAUCACUUGUAAAAGAACCUGAUGAGACCGUAACGGAAAAUUACAUUGUUGAUUUUUUAAAUUCACGAUUUACAGAAUUAGAAGACUUGGAAAACAUUAAUUCCAUAUUAGAUGUUUUAAAUGAUGAACAUCAAGUUUUGAAUGAAAAGUUUAUUCAAAUACAUAGUGAAACAUCAGAAACUUUAAAAUAUUCCCUUUCCUCGUUUAAUGCCACAGUAACAGAACUUGAAAACCUUCAAUCCACAAGAUUGGAAUUGGGUGAUUGGCUGGCAUCCCAAUUCGAAAUAUUUGAUAAUGGACAUUUUGGUUCAAAAAAAAAAGAUGAUUUGUUGGAUGAAUUAAUCAAACUACAACGUCAAGUUUAUGGAUUAGGAAAAUCCAAAAAAUACAUGAAAAUAUUGGUAAUAGCUGAUGAAUUGAGCAAUCAAGCAAAACAAUUGGUCGAAAAGUCUCCACAAAAAGCACUUGUACCUUACACUCAACUUAUGCAACUUGCACAUAAGAUUAAAUAUAAAAAUGAACAAGUGGGUUACUCAAUAAAAAAUUUAGAUGCUUUUUUGCAACAAAAUGUUGAUGCUUUAUGGGAUGAUAUGAAGAGUAGAUUAUCAAAAAAAUUUCAACAAACACUUGAUUCACUUAACUGGCCUACUCCAAUAUAUUUAUCUGAUAAUUCAAUCACCUCUGAUAAUUUAUCAGCAUUUAUCAAUGCUUUUAUGGAUUUACUUAUAUUACAACAACCAAUUGAGUCGAUGACUGAUCCAAAGUAUUUAGAGCCAGGCUCUUCUUCUAAAGAAAACAGCAACAGUAACAAUAAUAGUAAGGCAGAAGGACUUCCACCUCUUAUACCAAUUCAAAUAAUGGGAAAAAAGAAUGGAAGGGAUGUGUUGAUGUUUUCACAGGAAAAAAAGAAUGGUUUAAAGCAUGGCUCAAAGUUGAAAAAAGCUGUAGUUGCUGAGGCUCGUUAUGAUGAGAUAAUGCAUUCUGAAGAUGCAUGGGAAAUAGAGGAUGAAGAUGGGGCGGAAGAUGAAUUUAAGCCUACAAAGUCUGCAAAAAAAUUGAUGAAUUUAUUGGAAUUAGUUACAAGUCGUUAUAAAUUGUUGCCUUUGUUUCAUAACCGUAUACGAUUUCUUGUUGAUAUUCAAGCUGAAUUAUUAAUAUCGUAUGCACAUAGGAUUGAUUCUGCUGUUGAUGCAUUUGAAAAUUUGGGGUAUUCGUUUGUAAGGGCUGUUCCUAACACUUCUAGCACUGAAGGAAAGUUUACUAGUAGUAUUGAAGGCUUGAAAAGGUUAUGUAGGUGGUUGAAUAGUGCUGGAUACGUAAGCCGAACAAUUAAAGAAUGGGGUGAAGAUGCGUUUUUUCUUGAAUUAUGGCAUGAAGUGACAGUACGUGCAGCACGAGAUACUGGCACAUCUCCAUUAUCCUCGCCAACAUUUCCUGAUGGUAUUACUGAUAAAUCAUCUGCAAACAAAGUAGAAGUACAAAUAACUGUUGAUGAAGGAACUGUUUUUGAUGAUCCGGCUGGCUUAUUUGAUCAUUCUUUUGAAAGAAUUCAAGCAAUAAUAGUAAAAAAUGUUUCCAAAGAAUUUUUGAAUGGAUUGAAAGUUUAUAGUAAAAACAGUAAUAAUAAUAGCAAUACUGUUCUUCUUGAAUUAUCACCGGAUCUUUAUGCCCCUCUUUCUGAUCUUGCACAAUCAUUUAACUUUUUAUCGAAUAAUCUACCAACAAGAAUUUUCAAAUUAAUAUUCAAAGAAGUUUCUGAGGAAUUGCAGGGUUACAUUUGGGAUCGUAUUCUUAUGCGAAACCAAUUUUCUGAAAUGGGCGGAUUCCAAUUUAAAGCUGAUAUGGAAAAGGGAUUAUUCUUUAUUGGGAAAAGAUGGGUGAAAAAACCAGAAAAUUAUUUCAAGAGGAUAAAAGAAGCUUGUAUUUUGUUGACCCUUCCAUCUAAAAAGAAUAUUAAGCCGACAGUUAAUCAUGAUAACAAUGAUGAAGACAAAAGAUCAAAACAAAACUCAUUGUCAUAUGUGACUUCAAUACUUUAUAAUGAAGAAGUAGAACCUAUAGAGAUAACUAGAAUGUUGGAAAAUCUAGGUAUUCAUCAUCUGUCAGCUAAAGAAGCAAAGGAUAUUGUUGAAAGAAGAAUUGAAUGUUGGAAAUAA